AAUUCACUGAUUCCACUCAGCUCUCUCUCUCUCUCUCUCUCCAGAGCUCCGUCUUCGACGUCUCCGGCAUCCCCCAAGAUGCGGAAAACGGCGGCGUUUCAGGGGGCCAACGUCUUCAUGUCGCGGAACCUGGUCCCGCCCGAGAUGUUCGACGCUCUUCACGACGCGCUUAAGCACAACGGCGCCAAUGUCUUCCUCUGCUGCGACCCUUCCCGCACCGCCCCCAACGACUACCACGUCAUCGAGUCCUCCGAUCACGUGAAGUUUGAGGAUCUUAGAGCCAAGGGUUGCAAUUUGCUAGGUCCUCAAUGCGUGUUUGCUUGUGCGAGCGAGCAUAGGGCUCUUCCUAAACAAGGGUUUACUUGUUGCCUUGCAAUGGAUGGUUCCAAAGUACUUGCGUCGGGUUUUCAGGGAGAUGAAAAGAUUAAGAUAGAGAAGUUAGUAACAGCAAUGGGGGGAGUUUUGCAAACGCAAACAUCUUCGGAUGUUAACUUUGUCAUUGUGAAGAAUGUAUUGGCUGGAAAAUACAAGUGGGCUUUAAAUACUUUGAAGAAGCCAAUUAUCACUGUUAAUUGGUUGUAUCAGUGCUGGAAAGAGCAUCGCACUGUGUCUCAAGAUUCAUUUAGGGUUCUUCCUUUUUCUGGGCUGACAAUUUCUGUAACCAGAAUUCCAGCAGAUGAGCGAAAGAAGAUUGAAAAGCUUAUCAUAGAAAAUGGUGGAAAAUAUUCUGCUGAACUAACAAAGAAGUGCACUCAUUUAAUUUCUGAUAUAUCCUUUUGGGGUUCGAAGAUGAAGACAACUGUUUUGCAUUCUCCAGAAGGUGACAAAUACAAGGUUGCACGAAGAUGGGGCCACAUUCAGAUUGUAACUCAAACAUGGUUUGAUCAAUCUAUUUCUAAAAGAGCUUGUCUUAAUGAGGAGUCCUAUCCUGUUCAAGGUGCUUCUAUAUCUUCAAAUAAAAGUGUAAGGGGUUGCUUUACUUUGCAGAAUAGCCAAAGCAAUGCUAGUGGGAACUUGCAAUUUGUGCCACCAUCGGUGGUUGCAGAUUCAAACUUGACAGCUGCCCCUUGUUCUGGAACUGUGGAUUCUGAUUUAGAAGCUACUGUCUCACAAAAGAUGACCACUAUAUUUUCUUAUGCUCCUUUUGUUGUGAAAAAUGAGGAUAGUAAGGCACCUACCUUGGAUCCCUUGGAGUCCAAAAGUGAAGUUAACCUUGAUGGUUGUGUUGCCGAUGAUUCUCAGUCUGAAGGUGAUGACCUGUACUUGUCAGAAUGUAGAAUAUCUCUUAUUGGCUUUGAAGCUUCCGAAUUGCGUAGACUGGUUAAUAUGGUUCGCAGAGGUGGGGGCUCCCGAUAUAUGUCAUUCAAUGAUAAAUUGACGCACAUAGUAGUUGGAAUUCCUUCAGAAAUCGAAAAGAAAGAGGUAAGGGGUCUUGCAGCUUUAGGUGUCAUUCAUGUUGUUAGAACUGCCUGGCUUGAAGAUUGUGAUCAUGAGAAAAAAGAGAUCCCUGUUCUCCAAAGGCACAUCGCCCAUGAUCUACUUCUUCCUGAAGGAGCACUAACAAGUAUGACUAGCAAGGUUAAAGGUGGAAUCUCGAUGGCUCAUCUAAGCAUGCCUGCUGAUCAAUUACAAAGGAAAACCAGUGCUGCAACUGGAAUGGGAAUGUUGGAGAAGAACAGAGAAGAGAAACCAGAAAUUAACAUGAAAGGUGACGGAUCCAUGGUAGCAGCUGUUGGACUAUCCAAACGAUGUAAGCUAACUGUCCUAAAUGGCAAAAGUAAGGUUCAAUUAAAUGAUAAAACAAAUGGUCUACAGAAGGUGCAACAUGAUUUCAAUGUUCAGAAUGACAAGCCAUCAUCCGUCUUUAAGGGGAGAAUAUUUUGCUUUUCAAAUUCCUUUCCUGAAGAUAAGAGAGGUCAAAUCAUUGAAUGGGUAAUUCAAGGGGGAGGAGAGUUAGUUGAUGGCCAUAUAAAACAGAAAGUGCACUUCACUAUUGAAUGUCAUGGUGCGAGACCUAUAUCCCUGGAUGCUACUGAAAGUACAUAUGUAUCAAGUCACUGGAUCAGGUCAUGUUUGGAGGACGGAUGCUUGGUGGAUGUUACUAGUCACAUUCUAUAUGCUCCACUUCCCUGCCUGAUUCCUUUGCCUGGAUAUGAAAACUUUCGGUUUUGUGUUUCUCAAUAUAAUGAGAAAGAUAGAGUUUUACUAAGAAAUUUAUGUUAUACACUUGGAGCUAAAUUUGUGGAAAGGUUUACGAGGAAGGUUACCCAUUUGCUAUGCAAGUUUACCAAUGGACCAAAGUAUGAGGCUGCUCUUAAAUAUAGUAUACACACAAUUACGUCCGACUGGAUAUAUGAAUGUGUGAAGCAGAAUAAAGUCGUUGCUCUUGACCAAUUUUGUCCAAAAGAAGUCACUGCUGAAGAUCAAGAGGCAGGGCUGUGCACCACGAGUCAGUAUCCUACACAAGCUGUUCAAACAAUAUUUGGCGGCAAUUCAUCUGAGUGUCCAAGUCAGUUACAAGACCUGAGAAACUCAUCGGCUGAAUUUAUUGGCAAUAGAAAUGACAGCCUCAGAGAAGAGGCCAAAGAAUCAAGCUUUUCCAAUAAGAAGGCAAGGGUUUCAAAAGUUGACUCUUCUGGGGUGCAUUUAAGUAUUCCUGUCUGUACCACUGGAGUCAGCAAGAAAGUUCCGGGUGAAGUUUCUUCAGUUGUUCCUGAUGUAGCUUCUGCUAUUGAGGACUUACUGGAGCAGACAAGUAAGAUUCAUGAUCAGCAAUCGCCAGGGAGGAGUUUGUGUGAUAGCAAUAUUUUUUCACCGGAUUGUUCAACUCUUCGUGAAGAGCGCUCAGAUUCUCACUCCGUCAUUGGAUUAUCGAGAUCUAACUGGUUAAACAGUGCUGGGAAAAAAGAUGACAUCCACAAUCCUUCCGGAGAACAAAAGGCUGGCUUUUACGAUGGUUUUAGCGAAACACAGACCGAGUCUCAGGUUGUUGGAUACGAGGAAGAUUUGUCAGGCCGGCAAAUGCUUAUAGACAGAGUACGAACCCGAAGCAGCCUGUCUUGAAUUGAAAUACUAGUGCAGUCCCCCAUCUAUAUUGUCAAACCACUUGCUAACUCGAAGGCUUCUUGCUAAAUGCCGUAUGAUGAAAUAUAUAUUCGGACCACUGGUGGUAGCAGACCAAUUACUUGUUCGAGUGGUUGUUUCAGGUAAACCUUGUUUGCUGAAAGUUUCAGCAAAGGCGGUAAAGGCAAUUAUUCGGCAGGCAUUUGUGCAAGUUUUGAAGAUUGAGGGUUUGAUGGCAAACUAUCUCUUGUGCGUGCCUGGAUGUGUUUACACAUAAUUUCGAAAAUCUUUGUAUUACAACAAUGCUUGUUUUCCGUCAAGCGGUAAUCGAGCUGCUUAUUGCCUUCGUAUUUCAA